CAACAUUAGUAAACGUCAACAUUAUUUAGAUAUGUACUCUGAAAAUGAAUCGUAGUGAGGGAUUUGUUAAAAGAAGGAAUGUAACAAGGGAAAAUAGUGAGGGUUUAAACAAAGAAGAACAAAAUAAUGAUAAGAAAUCGAGCCGCGAUGAAGAUGUCGACGAUGGUGAUUCUAAAGAAACAAGGUUGACGUUAAUGGAAGAGGUCCUGCUCCUUGGUCUCAAAGAUAAAGAGGGUUACACGUCUUUUUGGAAUGACUGCAUUUCCAGUGGUUUAAGAGGAUGUAUUCUAAUCGAAUUGGGGCUCCGGGGACGGGUGGAACUGGAGAAAACUGGUAUGAGAAGAAGAGGCCUUCUUGCAAGGAAACUAAUUAUUAAGAGUGACACCCCCAUCGGAGACGUACUUCUGGACGAGGCUUUAAAACAUCUUAAGGAAACGGAACCACCAGAAACAGUUCAAAGUUGGAUUGAAUACUUAAGUGGAGAAACCUGGAACCCAUUAAAAUUGCGAUAUCAGUUAAAGAAUGUUAGGGAACGUUUGGCAAAAAAUUUAGUUGAAAAAGGUGUGCUUACCACUGAAAAACAAAAUUUUUUAUUUUUUGAUAUGACCACACAUCCCCUAACAGACAAUGUCACAAAGAGUCGAUUAAUCAAGAAAAUUCAAGAUGCUGUUCUCUCCAAAUGGGUAAAUAAUCCUCAACAGAUGGAUAAAAGGAUGUUAGCUCUGAUAUUCCUAGCACAUGCAAGUGAUGUACUCGAGAAUGCUUUUGCACCUCUCAACGAUGAUGAUUAUGAAUUAGCAACUAAAAGAGUAAGAAAACUCCUAGAUUUGAAUUUUGAAGAAGAAGCCAACAAACCAAACACGUCUGAUGUGUUGUGGGCUGUUUUUGCUGCUUUUACUAAAUAAAAAGUGUAACAAGUAUGGUUAUUUUUUGCCAAAUGACCAAUACCUCAAAAUUGAAACUAAUUUUAGAUCUUUUGAGGUAUAGAAUUAAAACCUUUAAGUUUAUUUGAUGGUUUACAGGUAACUUUUAUAGUAUUCAUAAUUGUUCACAUUUUAACUAUACUAUUAGAAAUAACAUUAGGACGCUGAAGUACUUAUACAACUACAUAUUGUUCUCAUGAAUUUUCUGGUUGUAUAGUUCUAAUAUACUCUGCUUUGGUAAAACUCUUUGUUCUCGGGUUAAUAAAGUAUUAUUUCCCUAAUCUAUAUUUCAGAGUUGGAACAUUACUGUAACUUCUCGUUUGACUUGGAGGAAGUUGAAACUGAUAUAAAAAUUUCAUCCCAUUUGCAAAAUCCCCUUUUCAUAUUUUUUACCAAGGAUCACAUCUGUUAGGACCUUUACAUAUUUAUUUUCAUAUUUAACAUUGUAUAUUCGGUAUCGUUUUUGCGUUUCCUUCAAAAACGUUUGACAUCUAUAAAGUAUCACUACUACAUACAAUUUUAAACUUGUAACAUCAAAAAAUUGAUCUGGGAACGAAGAGUGCUAGUUUUUUCUAAAUUUCGUAAUAUCAGUUAAUAGUGUUGUUUUAUGACCUUGUUGACUGAGUAGGAGCAUUUUUCAAUUCCAAAGCCAUGGAUAUCAAUUUCUUUAUGGGGAGUUUUUUUAUACUAGGUGAUAUUUCUUUGUAUAGAAGUAAAUUUUCAAGUCGUAAGUCAUUUCAUUUCUUAAAAUAACUUUAUUCCUUCAAAAAUACCAUUUUUUCUUGUAUUUUCUUUACAUUUUUGUUAAACAUGUAUACUUAUAUACAUUUAUGUCAGUUAUUUCUCUUUUUUCUUGUAUCAACAUUUAUUAAACAGUAUUCCUGGUUCUAUUUGGAACAUUUUGGAAUAUAACUUUGGUCCAGAAUUAUUCCAGUCUCUAUUCAAUCUUGUACAGAUUACAGAUAUGCUCUAGUAAUCUUAGCAGGCUUAACAGUACUGAAUGACUAGGAUUUUAACUGUGAGAUGUGAUAAUUUCGAUUCUUUGAAGUUAAGUAAAUAUUGGAUUAUAUAUUUUUUUAAUAAUCAUAUAGAAAAAACAACAUUUUAGUAUUGAUCCUCUCUUGUUAUUUGCUCUUACUGAAAAGUAUUGAUCAUUUUUUAAAUAAAGAAAAUACUGUACCUCAAAAAUUAUGUAUUUAAAAAUUUGGUGGAUGUUAUUUGGUAAAGGAUUACCAAAUAACACUUUUCCUUAGAAUAUUAUAUAUUGAAAUUUUUAUUUUGUAAAUUUUUGUUAGGUUUAGCAUCUUAUUGAUUAAUUUUACAACAUAAUUAUCUAAUUUAGAAUUUUAGAUUUGUAGAUAACCUUGAAAAUAGGGUUAGAUUUUAGUUUCACUAAUUGUAAACACCUUAUUUGAUUUUACUUCAAACUCUAAAACUGUAAAAUACAUUUUAUAAAGUUGUCUUCUAUUAUUUAGUAGUAACUAUUAAGUGCUCAGCUGAGAGGUGACUCCCCUGUUGCCUUCAAUUGAUCCUUCUUUUAUAUUAAUAAGUAUUUGUCCUUUUGCAAUUUUAUACUCCUGAAGAGCCCCAGCAUUGUUAUUAUUAUUAGAGUCAUGUUUUGUUUAAUUAUUUUCAAUAGAAUAGACAAAUAGACCUUCUUUUUUUAUGCUGCUGACAAUUUUCGGCCAUAUUUUAACUCUUUAUACAGUAAUAUAGUAAACAAAUUUUACAUAAUCAUACCAGCUAUUAUUUUUUUUUGGAAAAAUAAUGUACUGUUUAUAUUGCAAUUUUUCCAAAUAUAUAAAAGAUGUGGUAAAGUACUUUAGUAUAUUACCAAAUAAACCAACAUUAGUGUUAUUUAACAAGUCAGUCUUUAUCUCUUUAGAAGAUAUUUUGAAAACCUAUACUAGCAAUAGUAUUUUACUCAAAGAAAAACUGAGGCUUAAAGCUGCUACCUUAAACUAUAAAUCAAAUUAUCAGUUUUGUGAUAAAAGCCGAUGGAAUCUCUUAACGUUUUUAUGUUGAGUCUAUUAGAUACUGCAUGGUCUGAAUAAUUGAUUUAUAAAUACUGUAGUGCUGUAUCGAGUGUGUAAUUAAAUUUUUUAUAUGUUUUCUUUCUAUAUUAACUUUCAAAAACAAUCAAUCAUAAAAUAAAAAUAAUUCCCAUACAUAUUUAUUUGUGUUGCUUAUCUGUAUUUUUGCUAGAUUCUAGUAGACUACAUAUCUAAAUUUAUUGCAUUAAACAAAAGUUUUGUUGAAUACAAUAGUAUUUUCAGUAUUCCAAAAAAAUAUUUUUUGAUAAAAUAUUCGUAAAACAUAGAUACAUUUUUAAACUGCUGUAAUUUUCAAGGUUGUCCACAAACUUAACAAUAUUUAUUAGCAUAUACCAUAAUGUUAAGUGGCCCUUUAAAUUUUUUGUAUAAACUGUGAUAGUCCAUCACUCUGAUUCUCUAACGAAAUAUGUCAUUAGAUUGUCUACUAAAAAACUAAUAAUUUAUUUAAAAGCGGUCUACAAACAUCAUGUAGCUGCUGAUAAUAUUGUAUAUAUAAAAUUUAUAUUACAUUAGGUACUUCAUUGAUAUGUUGAAGAAAUGGUUUUAUGAAACAAUCGUUGAGCAGUUUCUUUGCAUUAUGGUUAUUGCUUUAUUACGAAUUAUGUAUAAUUUUAUUCUGUCUUUGCUGUAAAUUAUUUUUACAUUGCAAAAAUAUCGAUAUUUUAACUUGAGCACCAUUCUUUUUUACGUUAACAGUGGAAUGGCAUGUGGCAAGGUGGAAUAAUUAUUAUCAAUAAAUAAUUAAUUUGUUACAAUACACUCAAAAUUUAUAGUACACUGAAAAUAUGUUCCCAACUUCACAUUUUUAAGUAUUUGUAUUAGUGUUAAUUUAACUUUCUAUGUUUAGAUAAAUGUCAUACAUAUAAUAAACCUAAAUGUCU